AUGACAUUGGACAAAAUCGAGCUUCGAGUCUUGAUACGCUAUUGUUGGAAGCGACGACUUUCGAACAGAGAUGCUGCGAAAGAGAUUUGUGAUGCUGAAGGCGAAGGAACCGUCCACUACACAACUGUUUCCCGAUGGUACAAACGAUUCGAUCCCGGUGACCUUAAUCUCGAAGAUCAACCACGUUCCGGCCCGCCAUUAACGUUGGACAACGAAGAUCUGCGGGCAGCCUUGGAAGAUGAGCCUGCAUCGAGCAGCCGUGAAUUGGCGUCGGUUCUUGGAGUCUCGUCCCAAUCAGACUGUGCUCAAUCACCUGCAUCGAAUGGAUUUUGUGCACAAGAAGCCUCGUCAGGAUCCACACGAGUUGACCGAAGCGCAAGCUAA